GAGGGUGUUGCAGCCAGUUUUAAAACAAGUUUGCAUCUUAGGAGUCACUGAGAAAGCAGCAAUCUUCCUAUCCAAGGCCAUCUGCUUAGGUCUUGUGACCAAAUAAUUGCUAGCUACAGAAGCAUACCAGGAAGCAAUGUAGUCACAGUUCUUAUGAGUUGCUGCAUCUGACAGCAAGUUGGCUGAAUCACUGGGACAAGCAAGUUAAGUUAUUCUUUUAAAUUAAAUUAUAUGGCACAUUGUCAGGCUUUGGAAUAAAUGUAAUAAAUUCUUUCGAUAGAGAAUAUUUGCAGUCGUGGCCGCAAGGCCUACUACUUCAUAAGAAGAAAACCCUCUGGAUGCCGUCCAAAUCCUAGUUGCCUUUUCUCCUAAUGAGAAGACUUUACAGCUGAUUGGUUCUUUCAUCACAGCUUAGUAUUUAUGUGGUUUUCUUUCUAAAUGCAAACUGGUUAUUUCAAAGGAGGUGUGAGUGUGUGUGAGUGAGUGAGAGAGAAAAUACCUGUGAAUUUAAAAUGUGUGGAGGCACACCGAAGACUUCAAACAGCUCAGGAGACAAGGCAAAGAAAGCAAGGAAAACCCACGAUUCCUCUCCCACACUGGUGAACAGCUUUUCAAAGGCAAGGUUAGAUCAGGUUAAGAAACCACUUGUGGCAGGAAAGAGCUCCAAAUAUUCAAAGAGAGUUGGUGGAGAGCUGUCAAACAGCUGGUCUUGUUCGGGGUUUGACCUACACGAAAUUCGCUUGAUAGUGUAUCAAGAUUGUGAGAGGCGGGGCAGGCAGGUCUUAUUUGACUCGACAGCGGUCCACAAGAGUGAUGAGACAAGGACUCAGGAUGCCUCUGGAAAGGCAUGUGGAAAGUGCUGCCAAGCAAGCAGUGGGUCCAGUACAACUUCUCCCCAUAGCCCUUCAAUGGGCAGCAGACCAAAUGUCAAGGAAGACAUCCCAAAGUAUCAGUACACCAGGCCAGCUUCUGAUGUUAAUAUGUUGGGAGAGAUGAUGUUCGGUUCAGUAGCGAUGAGUUACAAAGGCUCUACACUGAAAAUCCACUAUAUACGCUGUCCUCCGCAGCUCAUGAUGAGUAAAGUAUUCUCUGCCAGAGUAGGUAGCUUCUGUGGAAGUACAAAUAGCUUGCAAGGUAGUUUUGAAUACAUCAAUCAAGAUACCAGUUUAGCAAGGUUGAACCCUAAUCCCAGCAGUUUGGGUCCCUGUCAUAAUGGAAGCAGCCUAGGUGUAUUACAGGUGUGCAGCAACAAACUGUUGCAUGGUGUGCCUGACGCGGGCCGCCUCCGGCUAAUCCGGAGUGCUUCUUUCUUUGGAGCACACAGCACACCCGUUGACAUGCCCAGCAGAGGGCAGAAUGAAGAUAGCGAUAGCGGCAUCGCUCGAUCAGCCUCUUUGAGCAGUCUUUUGAUGACUCCAGUGCCGUCUCCAAGUUCCUCUUCAAGCAGCUGCCAGCGCCGUUGGAUACGAAGUCAGAGAACAAGUUUGGAAAAUGGCAUUAUUCCUAGGUGGUCAACCGAAGAAACGUUCAGCAUGGCGGAUGAAAGUUGUGGCCUUAAUCCUGCCCUGAUUCGAAGGAAGAAAAUUGCCAUCAGCAUCCUUUUCACCCUCCCGGAGAAGGAAGAGGCCCAGAGGGAUUUCCAGGAUUUCUUCUUCUCCCACUUCCCCUUAUUUGAAUCACAUAUGAGCAAGCUGAAAAGUGCAAUUGAAAUGGCGAUGGUCUCCUGUAGAAAAAUAGCAGAAACUAGCCAAAGAGUGCAAGUUUACAUCAGCCGUGUUAUGGAUGCCCUGGAUGAAUUUAGAGUUACAAUCUGGAACUUGUAUUCAGUUCCAAGGAUUGCAGAACCUGUGUGGCUUACCAUGAUGUCUGGUGCUUCGGAAAAGAACCCAUUAUGCCAGCACUUUCUCAAGGAAUUCACUGUUCUGAUAGACCAGACCAGCAAAAACCAGUUCCUAGCUGCGCUGCUAACAGCAGUGCUGACCUAUCACUUGGCCUGGGUCCCUACAGUGAUGCCAAUUGACCAUCUCCCCAUCAAGGCUUUCUCUGAGAAACAUUUAUCUCCAUCUGUGAAUAUGCUGGCAAAAUCUCAUCCGUACAAUCCACUCUGGGCCCAGCUUGGUGACUUGUAUGGUGCUAUAGGUUCACCUGUCAAGAUGACCAGGACUGUAAUAGUUGGAAAACGUAAGGAUUUGGUUCAGCGCAUUCUCUAUGUUCUUACGUAUUUCUUACGAUGUUCUGAGCUGCAAGAGAAUCAGCUGACCUGGAAUGGGCAAGUUGGAAAAGGAGAGCAAGCCCUGAAUGGCAGCAAGAUCACAACAGCUCUCGAAAAGGGAGAAAUUGAGGAGUCUGAUUAUGUAGUAGUCACUGUUAGAAAUGAGCCUGCUCUCAUACCUCCUGUUCUGCCCCAGAAGAAUGGAAGCACUGCCACUAGGGGGCGUGAGAGCGGCUUUGAGCCUGCCUGCUUGAAAGGAAAACAUGAUGGAAUAAAUGGCAAGCAGAGCUCUGAGGCGUCUUCCCCCUUGCCCAAAGUUGGCUCCCCGAAAGGAAUUGUGGAGGAGCCUAAGAAGGGAAAAACUGUGGCCAAUUCAGAACCUGUAUCUGGAGGGCCAGCUAAAUUGGAGAAUGUGACAGCGGGAAUGAAUGAUGGCAACCAGUACAGUGUAACAGGACAAGUGCUUGGCAGCGUGACAGCUGUACAGUGUCCUGAGAGGACUGACCAGAGGUACCCUCACUUGGAAAAGGUCACCUUCCAAAUUGGAAGCUCCACCUCGCCGAAAUCUGUUUUAGAAACCCAAAGAAAGGAGAUGGACAAAAGUCUGGGGGUGCUCAGGUUUAAAAGCACAUCUCUGCACAUUGGGUCAUGUCCACUGCAGGUAUCAGCCCAGGCCCAACAGGAGAAAUCUGACCUCUGUCUUAAACCACGUGCUCGACAGAAAGCUGGUAAAAUGCGAGUACCAAGUGCAUCUCUCUUGUCAGGUCAGCUGUCGGUCCCUUCUGACAGCAAAGUCGAAACGCUAAAUCUGGGCAACCUAGAGGAAUCUAAAAGUGCAUCCUUUGAAAAUCUGGAAAGAGAUUCUCUUGACUGUGGUUCAGGAAGUUCCACUGAUGUACAGGGGUCCGGCCAAGCAGUUACUGAGGUUAUCCCCUGUGGGGAUCCUGGAAGUCAAUGCCUUUUUAGAACGGAGGAGAACAUUCCUAGAAACGAGAGCUCUGACAGUGCCCUCGGGGAGAGUGACGAAGAAGGUGGUCCGUACAUCCCAAAUGCACAAUCUCUGAGCUCUGUCAGCAAUAGGUGUGAGGACCUUUCUGAAGUGGAACUUGCUUUGCCAAGAUCCAACACAAUCAGCACUCAAAGCAUGAAACAUUUUGGAAGAUCCCUUCUGGGUGGCUAUUGUGCCUCAUAUAUGUCUGACCUGGUGUUGCAUGGAAUAAGUACUGAUGAGCAACUUAAGCAAUGCUUACCAGCUGAGUUGAGUCAUGCAGUGAAUCAUCCUGUACUAGAUGAACCCAUAGCGGAAGCUGUUUGCAUUAUUGCAGAUACAGAUAAAUGGACAGUACAGGUGGCCACGAGCCAGAGGAAGAUGAUGAUGGACAACUUAAAGCUAGGCAAAGAGGUCCUGGUCUCCAGCCAAGUGUCUACUUUAUUGCAAUCCAUUUUACAGCUUUACAAACUUAACCUUCCUGCUGACUUUUGUAUAAUGCAUCUUGAGGAUCGACUCCAGGAAAUGUACCUCAAAAGCACAAUGCUGUCUAAAUAUUUGCGAGGUCAAACAAGAGUUCAUGUGAAAGAACUCGGAGUGGUAUUGGGGAUUGAAUCCAAUGACUUGCCUCUGCUGGCAGCUAUAGCAAGUACUCAUUCUCCAUAUGUUGCUCAAAUACUCCUCUAAGCUAAAACGUUGACGGCAAAGUGAGUGGAUUUGGGAUGGGAAGCAGAGAUGCCAAAUGUGAAGAGAUGUGGAACGGAGAACAGCAGGUGACAGAGCUUCUGUCACGUUUCCUCUCCUGCAUUUUUUUCUGGACACUUCUCAGUGGAAUUUCAGUUUACAUAAUGGAAAAGACAUUCAGGGUUUUUAUAUUGUCGUGCAUCCUUGUAUUUUAAUGGACAAAAGGAUAAAAGACUUGGUGGAUACGCUGCUUAUACAUAAUUUUCAGCGGAACAAAAAUAAAAAAACAUCCAAGUUUGUUUUCCUUACUGUUGCACUUGUCCUUCUGACUCUUUCAGAUGGAGAACUGUAAGUAAAUCUGUAUACACAUAAGCAUUCCUAUGUUUGGAUGGACGAAAUGAUGAAUUAGAAGAUGUGUUUAUGCAUUCAUGCUCUUGCGUUACAGCACUGCCCCUACAUGGAACAAGGAAUUGGAAUUCAGCUACUGGGUAAUAUCUUGUGUAUUUGGUUGGUUCCUAAGUGAGUAAAACAAGUGAAGGGCGCUGCAGCUUUAUUUAGUAUACUUGGUGGAGAAGGGAGUUCUGUAUUUGCAUCAGUGUUGGAUGAAAAUGGGAGAAACUACUGGAGCCUUGGCAUAAUGUCUUGCAAAUGUCACAUCUUGGAUUGCAGUUUCCUGUCUUGUUAAAAUGUAGGUCCAACACCUUAAUUUAUCCUAUACUAGCAGCUCAAAGAAAGGCUUGCAUAGGAAUUUUAACUUACCCAAUAUGGUUAAUGAAGUUGGUAUAAAUUCUGGGUAGCUUAUUUUUUAAAAGCAUAACUGUAUCUUUGCCUUGUGAAUCAGUGAUCCUUUUUAACCACACUGUAUAAGCAGCAUCAACUUCUUACGUGAAUGAAUACAAUGUACAGAAGAAACAUGAUGAUAUUGGGGUGGUGCGAGGCGGGGGGAGCCAUAGUAACAGUGAAACAGCAAUUCAUUAUGACAAUUACAAGUGUCCAAAGCGAUCCCACAGAAGGUUCUGCACUAGCUUCUCAGUGCCUUCCAUUCUUGUAUGUCUUGAUUCUGAAAGAGAAACUUACGUGAAUUUAGAAGUUAAUCUUAUCCAUCUCUGUCUUAAGUUCUGUACUAUUGUCAGCCAUAUACAUCUUGGGUUUCAGAUCUUAGAGCUUUGCUUUGUUCAGUAGAAAAGUUGUAACUUCACCUUCAAACCCUACAGAUAACUGUGUGACAUUAAAACAAGGAACAGUGCAAUCCUUCCUGCUAAGAUUAACCUAUUGACCUAAUACAAUCUCUAUAUCAGACUGAAAAUGCUAAACAGUGGUAGAAAAAAGCUUUGUCCUAUAUGGCAACUGUCCUUAAUGGUGCUGGCGAUACAAUGGUUGUCUAAACACUAGUUCAAUACUAUAACAUCUUGUUCAGGGCUCAUUCCCCCCCCCCCCCCAUUUUGUCCAGUUGCUCCUUCAUGCCAAUACUUUCAGAACAACAUUGAAUCAUUAGAGACCUAGAUUUAGGCAACCCUGUUUUAUAGGAGCUAUUAGAUCUUCAUUAGCAGUAUUGUUUACUUCCCUGUCAUUCUUCUUAUUGCAAGUUUCCUUUAAACAAUGAACUGAUGAAGGUUCAAGUAAAACAGGGCUGCUGUUCACAAUGUAUGUGCUGAGAGCUGCCCCCAAAUUAGAAUAAUAUUUGAGUAAAAGCAGGUUUGUUCUGUAUUUAAAGAAAAAAUAAUCUUUUCUUGUUCCCACUUUCAAAAUAAAUUCCAAACAACUACCUCAGUUUACAUAAGCUGCCAGGAAGGGGGCAAUUUCAAUUUGUGGACCUUUGGAAUUCUCUGAAGGAUUGUGCAGUAGCAUUUGCAGAGUAAAAACUGUACCAGUGAGCGUCCAUGGCUAACGUUUUUUUACUAGCAGGCUUUAGUUCUACUAUUUUAAAUAGUUUUAAAAGUGAUACAAAUAAACAUGGGAGAUAUUGAAACUGACAAUGAAAGGAAAACUCCUUAAAACUUCAUAAUUCCAGGGCCUUUUAUUUUUCAUUAAACAGCAUUUUUAAUACUGUUUAAUGUAUUAAACACCCCUACCCCAAUUAGCACAUUUUGUUUGUUUCCUAAGCGGGAGCAAAUCUCUUGAGAUUUCCAUGGACCAUAUUUUGCAACAUUAAGCAAGAGUGUUCCCCCCCCCCGCCCUAAAAUUAUCUUAAAUGUUAAGGAGUGGUAGCAAAGAAGAAGAAAACAGGUGGCUUUAUGCAGAUGUUGAUUUAGAUCAACAAUUUGUAAUACAUUUUAAUGUAAUCAAAAGCUUAUAACUUGACGUCUAGCUUUUGAAAAAAAAAUAUUGAUUGGUAUUCUGGGUGCCUCAUCUGAAAUCAACAACCAUUCUGGAAGGCUUGAUUUCUUUUAAUUUUAUCGUUUCUCCACAAGCUGAUAACUGCAGAGGUGGAAUGGGGCUUUCCGCUCAUGAACAUUUCUCAAAAGCUGCAUGGUUUUGCAAGCAGUGUCAAUGAAGCAUGUUACCUGGAUUAGAUUAAGUAACAUGUGACUUACUAGGGUAAGGGGUGUGUGUGUGUGUGUGUUGCUGCAGUAUGUCUUCAGAGAGAAAAUGCAAGUGUGUUUUGAUUGAGUGGAUACCAAUGUCAAACUGUGGAAACCUAUUACUUUGAGCUGUAAAUGUACAGUAUCAUUUGUGUCUAUUGCUCUGUGGCAUUGGUGCAAUAAAUAACAUA